AGGGAAGUGGUGAAGCUGAAGGUGUCACUCUGCUGCCAGUCGUCGUCCCGACAACAUGAAGACUUCAUCUGUGUCUCUGCUCCUCGGUGUGUGUGUGCUGCUGCUGUCUGCACUGACUGUUUGUGCAGUCUCUCUGAGCGUCAGUCCAAACCUUCAGCAGUUCUUCACAGCAGCCUCAGUGUCUCUGACAUGUGACGGUCAGCUGGGCUCUGAUGGAUGGACGGUGAAGAGGGACACAGGAAGUGCGACUGAGUCAUGUGGAGCAGGUGGGCGGGGCUUUGGGAGGAUAAAUGGUCCAUCCUGUUUGUUUGAUGAGUUCAAGCCAAUCAGUGGAGUUUACUGGUGUGAAGGUGAAGCUGGAGAGAAGAGUGAAGAAGUCAACAUCACUGUAUCAGAUAAACAUGUGAUCCUGGAGAUCCCUGCACUUCCUGUGAGGACAGGAAGUGAUGUCACACUACGCUGUAAAAAGAAAAUUGGUGGCACAGCUGCAGCUUAUUUCUACUUUAAUGGACGUCCUGUUGGACCUAAAUCAGAGCACAUAAUCACCAUUAACGUGCAGCAGUCUGAUGAAGGUCUGUAUUGGUGUUCUACUGAUGAGUUUGGAUCAUCUCCUCAGAGCUUUCUGAGGGUCCUCCAACCACAGCCUCCGUUACAACAACAAAAGAAGAAACAACAACCAUAA